AUGCAGAGUCCCUCUACGAGCCAGACAGGGUCUUCUUAUGGAACCACACCUGUGUUUACGAAGGUUCUACAAAACAUCAGAGCUACGAAGGGUCAAUUAGUGGUAUUUGAAUGCCGCAUUCGCACCACGCCAACCUUACAGGUUCACUGGUACAGAGAAUAUGACCCAAUAAUAGAUUCUGCAGAUUUCCGAAUACUGCGGAAAAAGGCUUGCUCAUCAGCAGUUCCUGAGGAAGUCUGCACACUGGUUAUCACAGAAGCUUUUCCAGAAGACUCUGGGACAUUUAAAUGUGUUGCUGAAAAUGAAUUUGGCUCAGUGGCAUCUAGCGCACGUCUCUCCGUCUCCCCAGGAGCGAAACAGCUGGAAAGCUUUGCGGGUGCUGCCCCGGGGCCAGCCACCACGAGGAAACCCACCUUCCCCCGAAGCAGCCAGGCUGCCGCCGCGGAGCGGGACGCGGCUGGCCAGCCACCCUACGGCACCCGGCCGGAGACCCCAGGGCUGGGCCGGCGAGCGGGAUCCACCGACUUCAGCCGGAUGAACUCCGAGAGCGAAACCGAAGAUUUUCCCGGCGUUUAUAAGAAUUCGCCUCAGGCUUCACCUCUGCGGUAA